UGGCUUCUGUUUUCAUACCAGAGUCUAAAACACUCACUGAUUUUGAGACACACAGAUAUCCAGCAUCUGGAUAUAAAGAUGGGGAACAAACAGAGCAAAAUACCAGACAAGGACUAUGUUAUAAUGGAAGAAGGAGAAAACUUCAUUCUGGCCAAAAAGGGUGAAGAAACAUUUUUGGUCAAGAAAAUCCCACAAACACAGAGUCUGGCAAUCUCAGACAUAGAGAUCCUCAAAACAACAAGCCAUCCACAUAUUGUUGACUGCAAGAACUCUUUCACUUAUGAAAAUGAAAACAUGACCUAUGUAGUGAUGGAGUACUGUCAGGGAGGAAACCUUGCAAAAGAGAUCCAAGAAAUGAAAGAACCUCCACAAGAAUCUGAGAUACUUAGCAGGAUGGCUGAGAUCUGCAUUGCUCUGCGAACAGUUCAUGCCAAAGGUUUGCUUCACAAAGAUCUGACACCAGAGAACAUUUUCUUUACAGAAUUUGGAUUGGUGCGCUUGGGCGGAUUUGAAGCUUUCCAUCAAGAAGGGGUAAACACAUCAAGUGCAAAUUCAAAACAAAAAUUGAAUUAUUUGGCACCUGAAGUCUUCACAGUUGGGACCUAUGAUGCAAAAAGUGACAUCUGGUCAGUGGGGUGCAUACUUUAUGAGCUUUGUACGAAAAAGUCAUUGUUCUCCGCAGAGACUGCAGUCAAACUUAUACCUAAAAUAAUUAGUGGUGCUUGCCCAACUCUCCCAGAGCACUUCUCACCAGCUCUUUGUGAACUUUUGAAUGAUGUGCUGCAAAAGGAUCCCGAAACAAGACCAACAGCCAGUGAGAUCUUGGCACAUCCAAUUUUUAUUAGCUGCCUUAAAGAAAAGUGCAAAACAACCGUGGAGGAUCUCUACACCAAGUUGAACAAUCUGAGGACCCUGGCUGAUGGUUUGGAGAAUGUUCAUGAGGGUACCACCAUUGGCAGUCUGACAGGAGGAGUAAUUGGAGCAGUGGGUGGGAUUACAUCCAUAGUGGGGCUUAUACUGGCCCCUUUCACUUUGGGAGCCUCUCUUAUUGUCACUGGAGUUGGUGUGGGAGUAGGUGUACUUGGUGGAGUCACUGCUGGUGCCUCCAACAUCACCAAAAUGGUCAACGAGUCCUCUGAUCGUAAAGCUGUUCACAAUAUCAUUAAAGAGUUUGAACAGAAGAUUAAUGCAGUUGUCAUUUGGAUCCGGGAGAUUAGUGACAGUUUACAAACCCUCAGCAACCAGUUUCCACAAGCAAGUGACACUGAUGGCAAUUUCAACACAGAAAACCUAACCAGACUUGGCCUCAGGGCAGGAAGGGGCAUAGGUGGGAUUGCUGAACUUCUGCGACUAAUUCAAGUGGUAAACAUUGGCAAGAUUGCUGCACAAGCAUCCAGGGCAGUGCGUGUUGCAGAGGCAGCAACAGGUGUUCUUUCUGGUUUAUUCAUAGCAGUAGAUAUCUUUUUCAUUGCCAUGGAUGCAAAAGAGAUACACAACAUAAAACAAGCCAGGGCAGCAAAUCAGGGGCUUGAAGAAUCAGAGCCACCGGACAAGCUUCCUCUUCAAAAACCUGAAGUCAAAUCUGAGAUCAUGAGAUUUGUUAAGUCAGUCAGGGAGGCAGCUGACAACCUCAAAGAAGUGUUGGAUGAGCUAGAGGGCAUGAUCUCAUCCAUCCCCUCAUUCCAGGCAGAAAACGAGCAGGAAUGGCAGAAUAUGGAACUAAUGUAACCCAAAAGUUGGAUUUAGUCAAAUAAGCAACAGAUCAUGCUAUUUAUGAUUCUUUGUUCUAGGGUAUUAUUCUAUGCAAUAAAUUGACUACGCAUUUUAUGGUUUGUUUAAAUGACUUGAACUUUUACACCACAGACAUUAAUGCAGCAAUGAUGGGGUGGGAAAUUUACGUUUUUAGUGUCAAUUCUAAUAAGCAGGAUGGUAUAUCAAAACAGAAGCGUUUUACUUGAACUAUUCAAUUUUAAUUUUCAUGUUUAUAUUUUUGUACAUAAUGUUCUACUUAUGAAUUGUAAUAUGAUGAUUUCGACCUUGCAAAUAUGGCUGUCAGUAAUGAUUUUAUUCAGGUUAAUAUCAAUUUGGGGACGUGGAAUAUUUCUUUUUGUAAGGGUAGACGAUGUACUAUUUUGUGUUGAUUCAAGGAGUGGAUAACGGAAGAAAGUUAACUGUUGGAAUUUAUUAAAUUUUCUGCAGUAUAAUUUAGGUUUGAAACAUGUCAUGUAAUGGGACUCCGUAAAAAAUAAAUAAAUAAACAUUAGUUUCUUAUGCA